CUAAUUAAUUUGAAGACUAUUAAAACUCUUAACUAUUUUCAGCUAAACAACUAUAGAAGACUAAAGAAAACUGGAUGACUAGGUCUUUCUGGUUUAACACUCUCUUCAAAUUACGUAAUGUGGUAAUACUUUUUAUUUCAAUAAAAAAAUAAUAAAUCAUUCAUUUAUCAGUGAUUAUCAUUAUUUUAUAAAUAUCAGAAUUUCUACUAAGAUUCUAUGAAUGGUAAUAACACUGAGUAAUAUUUGAGUAGUUUUAAUCAUUGAUAUAACGAGAAGACACGUCAAAUAUCGAUUGAUUUACUCAUUACAAGUUUUGUUCAACAUUAAUUCCAUUCUGAUUCAAUGUGAUAAUUAUUCAGUGUAGUAUUCGGUUUUUAUUUUCUCGUAUAAUAUUUUAUUCUGUAUAAUAUACGAUAUUGGUGUAUUCAAUUGACAUGAACCAUUGUCCCCGAAACACAAUGUACAAACAUUGAUUUGUCCAGCUCACAGAAAGACGACGUCUUAUUAAACUCAUGAAAUUAUUGCUGUACCCACCCACGAAGAAACAGAAAGUGAAUCAAGCAGCAUAAUGAAUACAGUUGUAUUAAAUUAAGCUUAUCAUUCUAUGACAAAAGUUUCUGAUGAAUGUACUUAUCGGGGUUCUUUAGUUGUAUUAGCAGAUAUGACUUACAUGCUUUUGAUCAAAUUGCUUACAAAAAUGAGAAAAAUUUGUCGGAUGUAUCAAAUGGUAAUCAAGAACCUAAUGAAAUUUUGAUAGAUGCUGAUUAUUCUAGUGAUCUAUUAUCUACUAAUGAGAUUUUCAAGAAAUUCGGUGAAAAUGUCUCGGAAGAAUCAAACCUUAAUGACCUCAUAUCAAGUGUCCUUGAUCCUCACCAUCUAGUCAGUUCUAGUAGACUCUCUAUUCAAUGCGGGAAAUAUGUUUUAAAUAGAGUCAAACUAACUGUAACUUGGGAAUAUGAGGAUCCAACAUUAUUUCAUGGGGGAGGAUAAAGUUAUAAAAUUUAAAGAUGAAUCUCAACUUUGAGUCUUCAAAAAGAAGAAGGAGAGGUGAUAUGAUGGAUAGAAAAGUCAAAAUUCGAUGGAUUUACUCAUUACAAGUUUUGUUCAACAUUAAUUCCAUUCUCAUUCAAUGUGAUAAUUAUUCAGUGUAGUAUUCGGUUUUGUUUUCUCGUAUAAUAUUUUAUUCUGUAUAAUAUACGAUAUUCGCGUAUUCGAUUGACAUGAACUAUGCUUAGUAUAUGAUUUGUUAUAACUCAAAGUAUUUUUCAUAUAUGUGAUUUCAUCCUAAUUAGUAAUCGAAAUGGGUGUACAAUCAAUAUAUAAAUGAAUGUAUUUUCGACUAGGGUCGUCGUCUUCGUGUUUUGGG